AUGGCGUCGAGGAAUACCCUCCGUCGCGCCCUUCUAUACAUUCCCGGAUCUUCCCAGCGUUUUAUUGACAAAUCCCGCUCAUUGACGGCGGAUUGCGUCGCCUACGACCUGGAAGACAGCGUGACUCCGCACAAGAAAGCGGAAGCUCGCUCGCUGGUGCGGAGAGCGCUUGACCAGCCCGCUCCCUCGGGUAUCCGCGAACGCACUGUUCGCAUCAACUCAGUAGAUAGCGGUCUCGCAUUGGCAGAUCUGACCGAAGUCCUCCAAUCCCCCAACCUGAGCACCAUCGUCAUCCCCAAGGUAAAUUCCGCCUCGGAUCUCACCUUUGUCACGGAUGUCAUCUCCCACACGCUCUCGCAACAGCCACACUCGCAAGAUGCAGCCUCACGGCCCCCUAUCUCACUUCUGGCUCUGGUUGAGUCGGCUAAAUCCCUGACGAAUCUGACCCAGAUCUGCGCCGCGACUCCCCUUCUCCAAGGUCUGAUUUUCGCGGCGGAGGAUUUCGCCCUCGACCUCAGUCUUACCCGCACUCCAUCUCUAACAGAAUUCUUGUUCGCUCGGUCCGCCAUCGUGACUGCAGCUCGCGCUGCGAAUCUGCCGUCUACAAUUGAUCUGGUCUGUACAGCCUACAAGUCUACCAAGGGUGAUGGGUCUCCACCGGCGGUUUUGGAGGAAGAAUGUCGCGGAGGAAAGCAAAUGGGAUUCAACGGGAAGCAGUGUAUUCAUCCUUCGCAGGUAGAGACGGUACAGCGUAUUUUUGGUCCGGAACCAGCCGAGGUCCAAUGGGCUGUGCGAGUGACGAUUGCGGAUGAGAAAGCAGCCAAGGCAGGCCGCGGCGCCUGGACUCUGGAUGGAAAGAUGAUCGACAUCCCUGUCGCGGAGAAAGCACGCGCGAUUGUGAAGAAGGCGGAGGCUUGCGGAUUUGAUGUAGAGGAAUUGCAAGAUAAGUGGCGGCAUCAAGAGCCCGAAUGA